CGACAGCAGGCUGUGAACACUGCAGUACAUGCGACCGUACAACCGCUCUGAGCCCGUGUUCGCUUUUCUUCCACACCAGCGACGACACGGAGGAAAACAGACCUCCGUGUUUUCAUUUUCAAGCGGCGGUGAAGAUUUCCGCGUCCCAACUUUCCGUCACCGCCAAACCUUUACGAGCAGGAGAAUUUACUAAACUGUAGGACCGUCCCAAACACUGUUUUUUGGCCUUCGAAGCUUUCGUGAGAGAUGAUGGAUGCACCUACAACAACACGGUGCGGUGUGUGACAUUUGGAAACGGCAAAGGAGUCGGUAAAUAAAAGCCGCUGUCUGAUUGAGUACUCAGUGGAACGGUUAUUUCCAAUCACAGGCGCACAACAGACCCAAAGGUGCAGUGGGCGCGAGGUUGCUCUCAGGUCAGAACAAACCCGUCGCCAUGGAUGUGGAUGAGGAAGAGAACAUGAGUUCAAGCAGCACCGACGUUAAGGAAAACCGAAACCUGGACAACGUGUCCUGCAAAGACGGGGUGGGAGUGGCUGAGCAGCUCCCCAAUGGAAGCGGCCUGGGCAGUCGAAAGCGUCCCUUAGAAGAGGGAAACAAUGGCCACACACAUUCCAAGUUCCGAGCCAAGAAACGCAAGAAAACACCGGGGCCGGUCCUGCCCAAGAACGCUCUGAUGCAGCUGAAUGAAAUCAAACCAGGUCUACAGUACAAACUGCUGUCUCAGACAGGACCAGUCCAUGCACCGGUUUUUGUCAUGACUGUGGAGGUCAAUGGACAGAUGUUUGAGGGCAUGGGCCCAACCAAGAAGAAAGCUAAACUGAAUGCAGCUGAGAAAGCACUGCGUUCCUUUGUCCAGUUCCCCAAUGCAUCUGAGGCACACCUGGCCAUGGGCCGAACACUGACAGUGAACACAGACUUUACAUCUGACCAAGCUGACUUUCCAGACAUGCUCUUCAAUGGCUUUGAGACACCAGCCGCACCUGAAGAAUCCUUCUAUCUCGGCUCCAAUGGUAGCAGCUCCCUAAAUUCACUAGGGGAGUACCCACUGCCCACACCUCCUGGCAGCAACCUUGUCCAGGCCCCAUUGCCCCCUCCAUCUGCAUUCAGCUCGCCCUCCAGUGGCAAAAACCCAGUCAUGAUCCUCAAUGAGCUCAGGCCAGGCCUCAAAUAUGACUUUGUCUCAGAGAGCGGUGAGAGUCAUGCCAAGAAUUUUGUGAUGUCAGUAACGGUGGAUGCACAGACGUUUGAAGGCUCAGGGCGCAACAAGAAGCUAGCUAAAGCCCGGGCAGCACAAGCCGCCCUGUCUGCUCUGUUCAACAUGCAGCUAGACCAGACGCCAUCCCGGCAACCCAUUCCAAGAGAGGGAUUGCAGCUUCACCUACCCCAGGUUCUGGCUGACGCCGUCUCUCGCUUGGUGGUGGAUAAGUUUAGUGAGCUGACAGACAACUUCACCUCCCCCCAUGCAAGACGAAAAGUCCUAGCAGGGGUCGUCAUGACAACAGGGACAGAUGUGAAGGAAGCACAGGUCAUUUGUGUCUCCACGGGAACCAAAUGCAUCAACGGUGAGUACAUGAGCGACCGCGGCCUGGCACUCAAUGACUGCCACGCUGAGAUAAUCGCCCGACGCUCGCUCAUCAGAUACCUCUACACUCAGCUGGAGUUCUUCCUCAGCAGCAGCAAGGAGGACUUCCAGAAGUCAAUAUUUGUGCAGUGUGACAAGGGAGGCUACAGGUUAAAGGACAACGUUCAGUUCCACUUGUACAUCAGCACCUCGCCCUGCGGAGACGCCAGGAUUUUCUCCCCACACGAGGCCGGAGUGGAAGACCAAGGAGACAGACAUCCCAACCGGAAAGCACGGGGCCAGCUGAGGACCAAAAUAGAGUCGGGGGAGGGCACCAUCCCUGUGAGGUCCAGCAACACCAUCCAGACAUGGGACGGUGUGCUUCAAGGAGAGCGCCUGCUCACCAUGUCCUGCAGUGACAAGAUUGCGAGGUGGAACGUGGUGGGCAUCCAGGGCUCUUUGAUGAGCUACUUCACCGAGCCCAUCUACUUCUCCAGCAUCAUCCUCGGCAGCCUCUACCACGCCGACCACCUCUCCAGGGCCAUGUACCAGCGCAUCGCAGACAUCGAGGACCUGCCGCAGCAGUUCACCCUCAACAGGCCUCUACUCAGUGGUAUCAGUAACGCUGAAGCCAGGCAGCCAGGCAAGGCUCCAAACUUCAGCGUUAACUGGACAGUGGGUGACCAAGCCCUGGAGGUGAUCAAUGCAACUACAGGCAAAGACGACAUGGGCCGCGCUUCACGUCUCUGCAAACACGCACUGUACAGCCGCUGGGUGCGCCUACACUCCAAGCUGUCGUCCAUCUUGCGGAUCAAAAUGCUGAAGCCCAGCUCCUACCAUGAAGCCAAGCAGGCAGCCACAGAGUACCACUCCGCCAAGCAGGCGCUCAUCAAGGCCUUCCACAAGGCCGGCCUGGGGGCCUGGGUCAAAAAGCCCAUCGAGCAAGACCAGUUUACCCUGAGCUCCUGAGGGAGUCAGAGGACCAAGGGGUUCCUAAACCACCCACUCUUCCCUCCCUGACCCAGGCCUGAAAGCAAGAGAUCCCCUUAUUAACAACCAGACACUUAACUUCCGUCCCAUGUGUCGGCUCCCAUGUGCACUUUGUACUUGUGAAAAUAAGCGUGCGUAGUUUCACAAACCAUCCAUAGCUCAUCAUUCUCAUUCCUCAGUGGACCUCAUGUCUUUUCUCAUCAUGCUGAUUUUUUUUGAUCUUUUUAUUCUGAUUUUAUUGGAUGGUGUUUUCCAUCUUUUUUUCUUUUUUUUUCUGUUUAAAAAACUGGAAUCUGUGUUUUUUUCACCACUUAGUUCUGUUUCCCAGAGAGUUCAUGUUCUUAUGCUGUAGAUGUGGAAGUUCAGAAUAUACAGUUUUGUCUUAUUGACCAGUGAGUGUAGCCAGUUUAGGGUGAAAUGUAGCCUAGCAACCGGAUAUUUGUUAACUAAAACCAAUGUGUAUGGACCUAAAAGAUAUAUAUAUACUUGCUAAAAUUAAUGAUGACCUUUAAUUUAAUGAUGCAUCGAUCUUCAGGAUGUAAAUCAAGUGCUGAGAAGAAAGCCAACAUAAAAUAGCUCUAACAUUUAAUGUGUGUUAUCUGGUCCGUUCCUUAGAUGAGACUACAUGUUCUUAGCCCCUGUAUUAAAGAUGAAAAUGUUACAAAA